AUGAUAAACUCCCAGUUCAAAUUGGACCAUUACAUCUCCGGUGCCGGUGAUUGGCGCCAGAAUCUCACCGAGAAGAUCGUCCAGAAAUACGCCGUGGGUCUGCCGGCCGACAAGCUGGUUUUCUCCGGAGACUACGUGAGUAUUCGUCCUGCUCAUGUGAUGUCGCACGAUAACUCUUGGCCUGUUGCCUUGAAAUUCAAGGGACUCGGCGCCAAAAAGGUCAAGGACAACCGCCAGAUCGUCAACACGCUGGAUCACGACGUCCAGAAUAAAACAGAAAAGAACCUGUCCAAAUAUCACAACAUCGAGAAUUUCGCCAAAGAGCAGGGAAUCGACUUUUAUCCGGCCGGACGGGGUAUCGGUCACCAGAUCAUGAUCGAGGAAGGAUAUGCCUUCCCUUCGAACCUCACAGUUGCCUCAGACUCCCACUCAAACACCUACGGAGGUAUUGGGUCUCUGGGUACUCCGAUAGUGAGAACGGACGCUGCCUCCAUCUGGGCUACCGGCCAGACCUGGUGGCAGAUUCCACCGGUUGCCAAGGUUGAGCUGAAGGGGAGUCUUCCCAAGGGAGUCACCGGAAAGGACGUGAUUGUGUCGCUGUGUGGAUUGUUCAACAACGACGAGGUUUUGAACCAUGCUAUCGAGUUUGUUGGAGACGAGAUCGAGAAACUUCCAAUCGACUACCGUCUGACUAUUGCCAACAUGACCACCGAAUGGGGUGCUCUGUCUGGUUUGUUCCCUAUUGACGAGACGCUGAUCAAGUUCUACACCAACAGAUUGCUCAGACUCGGUCCUAACCACCCAAGAAUCAACAACGAGACCUUGGAAGCACUGAGACAGAACAAGCUUGCUGCCGACAACGAUGCGUACUAUGCCAAGACGCUGACGAUCGACCUGUCGACGCUGUCUCCGUACGUUUCUGGACCAAACUCUGUGAAGGUGUCGAGCUCCUUGAGCGAUCUUUCUGCCAAGAACAUGAAGGUCAACAAGGCGUACUUGGUUUCCUGUACCAACUCGAGACUCAGUGACAUCAAAGCUGCUGCCGAUAUCGUCCAGGGCCACAAGAUUGCUCCGGGAGUCGAGUUCUACAUUGCUGCUGCCUCUUCCGAGGUCCAGGCCGACGCUGAGGCCGCUGGUGCUUGGAAGACUCUUUUGGACGCUGGAUGCAUUCCUCUUCCAGCCGGAUGUGGUCCAUGUAUUGGAUUGGGAACCGGACUGUUGGAAGAAGGUGAGGUCGGAAUCUCUGCUACCAACAGAAACUUCAAGGGAAGAAUGGGUUCCAAAGAUGCUCUUGCGUUCUUGGCCUCGCCAGAAGUGGUUGCAGCAUCCGCCGUUGUCGGUAAGAUUGCUGCUCCAGAAGAAGUGGACGGAAAACCAUGUCCUCCAACCAGAGAGGUCAAGAAAACCGUUGUUGUGAACGAGAAGCCAGCUGGUGAAGAGGCCGUCAAGUCGUCGGGCGCUGUGCUGCCAGGUUUCCCAGAAGAGAUCGUUGGCGAGCUGGUUCUUUGUGACGCUGAUAACAUCAACACCGACGGAAUCUACCCAGGUAAAUACACCUACCAGGACGAUGUUCCUCGCGAGAAGAUGGCUGAGGUUUGUAUGGAGAACUACGACUCUGAGUUCGGAGCCAAGACCAAAGCAGGCGAUAUCAUCAUCUCUGGUUUCAACUUCGGUACCGGUUCGUCCAGAGAACAGGCUGCUACCUGUAUUUUGGCCCGUGAUAUUAAGCUUGUGGUUGCAGGAUCGUUUGGAAACAUUUUCUCGAGAAACAGCAUCAACAACGCUCUUCUCACGCUUGAGAUCCCAGACCUGAUCAACAUGCUGCGUGACCGGUACAAGGACAGCGAGCCAGAGCUCACGAGAAGAACGAACUGGUUCCUGAAAUGGAACGUUCCUAAAUCGUUGGUUACCGUUACUGACGCCAAGGGAGCCGUCAUUCUGGAACAGAAAGUCGGCGAGCUUGGAACAAACCUACAAGAGAUCAUCAUUCAAGGAGGUCUUGAAGGAUGGGUGCGGUCUGAGUUGAAAAAAGAGAACCAACAGUAG